CAUGGGGAGCGUCACACACGGCAAGGCAAGGCGAUCAGUGUCUCGGGGUUUAUUUCCCCGACCCCGACCAGUUUUUUAAUUGACGCAAAAUAUAAGUUUUCCUUAGGAUAUGAAGUUGUAAAUUACGUCCACGUAUGAAACCGACUAACGGGAAACGCUGCGUCUUGCCUGGUUCCGUGAUCGUGAAACUGUCUUAAUCUGGGAUUUGAAAUCGAGGUCCCGAAAGAAUUGCGAUUAGAUUUAGGGGACUUCGCGUACAUUUUCGGGACUAUUCUGAAAUAGAUUGUUGAUUUUUCGAAACCAAUUGGUUGCCCUAAAAGGCUGCUGCAGCUUCGGUGAUUGUUUUUUUUCUGUGCCCCCCCCCCCCUCCGCUGACGAGAAAUGGACCGAGGCGGCUGCCAAAUGAAUGGCGGUGGCGGUGACGGGCCCGACCCAGGCUCCGGGAUGAUCACACUGGAAGACCUGGAGUCUUUUUCGGAAGAGCAACCCUCCGAUUCGGGCAACGGGAGUCUGGAGGAGGUGGGUGAAACAAUGGAGGAGGCCGUGGAUCCGGAUCGACUGCUUCACUAUUGGCAGGACGUGGCGAGGGGACACCAAGUCGACGUGCCUCAAGAAAUGUCACAACCCAUCCAGUUGCUAUCCAGUAACAACCAGGGACGCAGUGAGAGAGAACAAGUUCCUUUCACAGUCAUUACACGCAAGGAGAAGUGUGGUGAGUUGCUGUAUGAGAAGCGGCACUAUGAGAAGGCCCGCUGGGCAUGUAUCACGAUGCGUGAGGACACUUAUGAACAGAGCAUCUGCUAUGGCUUUAUGAGGCUAAUGAGAUAUAUCUGCCAACAGAACGCCUUAGGUGACUACCUUGGCAUGACAUUGCCCAUCUUGACAGUGAUUCACACAGACGAGAGCCACUCUGUAGUGUCCCGUGAUGUAACUGUGGCCUACUACCUUCCCACUAACCUCCAGGACCAGCCGCCACAACCUUUAGACAGUGACAUUGUCAUAGAGAUCUGGCCUGCCGCUGUGGUAUACACAAGGCCCUUUACUGGACCCACCAAUGAAGUGACAAUCGUGAAUCAGAUCAGCACAUUCGCUGAGUUGCUGGAUUCCCCUGGUGUGUGCGUCAAUGAUUCUUUCAUUGUGGCCGGGUACACCAACCCUGCUCACAGCAACCGUCAGAAUGAGAUCUGGUUCCUGGAGCGAUGCUGAAGGAAUAGAGGAGCCUGUUGCGACCUAUUUGUGAUCCUUGGACCACCAUGCGACUCCCAAAAGUUCGCCUUCCCCAUCCAGCUCUGCUCAGCCACAGCCUGAAUUGUGACGUCCUGUAUAUCUUCGACCUUUUAGUCUAAGCUCCCACCAACCAGUUUCAUCCUGACACACUGCGGACAGAUUAGGGCUUGGGUCUGAGAAAACAGUCAGCAGCCAUUAUCUUAACCUCUACGUGAGUUCUCAUACCCAUCUUAAUUUUGAUAGGCCCAUUCUUAUGUGACUAAUUAGAACUCUACUGGAAGCAUCCCAGUGCCGAGAAAUGGCAGGAGAGUCCUGCUUUUAAAGAGCACUUCUCACUGGGCAUCUGUGUUGUUAGCUUAGUAGCCCUCAGCAGAUGCUCAGGGAGGCUGUGCUUUCAGCUCCUGCCAUUUGAGACCAAUGAAAGCCCCACUCAAAGCAAUGUGCUCAUCAAAAGGGCGAAAACUCGGUGCAUUCAGGGCUGAGUAAUAACACCAUGCGGAUUUCUCAGUGCUAUGAGGAACUUGCAACAACUCGUCCUCUCCCAUUGUCAACAAUGAUGAAAAUGAAGGUAGCGCUGUAAAGUUAGUUUCCCAGUGGACAUGCAGCCUUAUUCCUUUCCCUCACUGUCAUGUUGGAGGAAGGUCAAUGAACACCAGUUAAACUAGUUUGUCUUUAGCGCAAUAGCUAGCAGAAAUCAAUUUAAUUCUACUCAUUGGUGGACCUGCUGAUAACUCAACUUUCACCUUUUAUGAAGUUUUCUUUAGGUGUUAAAAGUAUCAGCAUAAAUAAAGAUUUUAUUUUUGAUUCUACUCUGCGCAGUCACACAAAAAAAGCUAUUUUUUUAACUAGAAUAUUUACCUGAAAGCUACUAUUUAGCAACAUUGCUCAAACAAUUCCUUGUUUUUCCUAGGAUCCCUAGGCCAACCCUGUCUAAUGGUAUGUUCUGGGAGGGCAAGGAGAGGGACCCACAACCUACAAAACAACAGAUGAUAACCAGAUCUCUGGAUUUGAUUGUGUAAGCAGACGGCAAACACUUAGUUUUGACUUGCAUGCUAUGCAAAAUUCAAAUACUUAGGUGGAAAAUUGGCUUAAAAGAUGUAAAAGAAAACCAACCCCGGAUUCUCUGACACGCAAAAUGAGCCAACAGCAUGAAUGUAAAGACAAGGAGUGAGUGAAAACAAACCCCACAUAACUACAAACCAAAAGCUUCGAUAUUACUUGUGUUAUUGCUGAAUGACAAUCAAAAAUGCUGUUUUGCAUAAGUCAUUUUCUUUUUGAAAGUCAAUGCAUUCCUCAUUUUCAGAACCUGUUCGUUCACACAUGCACGCGCGCACACUAACUAUUUAUCUCUUUCUCUUUUUACUUACUGCUCUGUCUCAAUAUUAGUAGUGCACCGCUGUAUUUUCAGAUUACCAUAGCUGCUGAGCAGAUACAAUGCAAAUAAAAAAAGAGAGCAAAGAAAACUUUAAUAUUCUUGGUGAUAUGUCAGAUAUUUGUUGCAUAAAUCAUUUCCAUUUUCGUCAGAACAGUUAACGUUUCAUCACUAAUUAAAGGAAAACCAAAAAGUUUGAGUGACAGUUAAAGGAAGUACUUUUAUCGUCACGUUUUGUAAUCAAACAAGCCGUUGUGUUAGGGAGUGAAAGUAUCAUACUAGCUUGUAUUUGCUUGACUAUAUAGGCCACAAGAACUUGGAGAAGUGUAUCAAUCUUGUUUUAGAUAGAAGAUCACGUCUACAGUAAAGUAGCUGUGGAAAUGCCUGUCAAAUGUAUGGAAUAUUUAGUGGAAACAAACUGCACUUUGCCAAAUCGUCACUGUGUGAGGACUUGUUCAUAAGUUUAAAAAAAAAUCGAAAUAAUAAACCAACCCGCAGUCCAUCCCUUUCUUUAGUAUGUAUACAAGCAACAGUUGUGAACUGUUUAUGUGCAAAAGGUCUCUGAACAAGUUAAACAUUUUGAAUUAAGUUGCAUCUCAUGAGACUGUUUUUUUCCCCUUUUUUUUUUAAGACUACCUUGUUAGAAAAAGAACCGCUGUUGGUGUUAAAUUUGAAAAAGAAAAAACUUCCACGAAGACUUCAGACGCCACAGCAGCAGGGAUGUGCUGUGAGAUACACACUUGUAAUCCACAAGGCCUACUCAAUAUAUAUUGAUUUUAAAAGGACAAACCAUCCCAAAUACUUAAGUCUUUAGAAUUAAUUGCAUAUUUUAUCCACACAGAAAUUGUAAGCCUAAGGAAACUGAUGACGUUGUACUUUUUUUUUAUGUUAAUCUUUUUCCCUGGUUGAAUUCAAAACAUUCAAGUCCAAAGACUUUAGUUGUAUUGAAUGAAUACAGAAUCGAUGUGAUGUUCCAUGGCAAAAUGCUAACUAUAAAUGAUCAUACAGUUGUAAAACCGUUGCAAAUUUGAGUUGACCCCCCCCCACCCCACCCCACCCACUUUGAGAGCUUGGUUUCUUGGAAACAUCAAGAUUAUUUUUUUUUGUCAUUUGCUUUUUUUUCAGUGUUUUGUAAAAGUGUGCUGUGUACAGUGACAAUUCAGUGAAGUGGGAAAACAAUAGCUUCUGUGGUUUUCUUUGUUUUGUUUGCUAGAAAAUGCCUGUUCCUUUUCUUUUUGAAAAAUAAAGUAUUGUAUAA